AUGCAUCUCCAAGAAUUGCCUUUUUCACUUGGGAAGCAGCUCGUGGAGUUUAUGGUUUAUGACCUUUGGGAUGCUGGGGUACAACUAGGUGUUGGCAGGCACUGUCAAGGAUGCAAUUUGGGCAUGGAAAGGUAUUGUGAGGAAAGACCUUUAUUGUUAAGCAAUGCUGGAAUGGGUGCUAACCUGUGCACUUAUUAUCGGAAGUCAGGCCCAGGUGAUCAAGGUGGCAACUUGUUCAAUGGAAACAACAGUUUGGGGAAUAUUUUGAUUCUUGAACCUGGCGAGAAAUCCCCUUUCCUAGGAGAUAUAAGGGCUGGUUGCAGCCAGUCAUCUCUUGAAACAAACAUGUACAAAGCACCCAUAUUUCCACAUAAAGUGCCAUCAACUGAUUAUUUGUUGGUUAGAUCUGCAAAAGGAAAGCUUUCCAUUAGACGUAUUGACAAGAUAGCCGUUGUUGGACAACAGGAACCCCUGAUGGAGGUAAUGUCUCCUGCAUCAAAGAAUCUUCAAACGUAUAUGGUGAACAGGAUGUUGGUCUAUGUUUACCGUGAGUUUGCAAAGGGGGGCUUGCAUCCAUCAAUUGGUGUAGAUGAGUUGUCUUUGCAAUUUAAUAACCUUUCUGAAGCAAUUAUCAGGAAGAAGAUGAAGGAGUGUGCAUCUUUGCGGAAGGACAGGUGGUACAUGAAGUCUGAUUUUACCAUUCCAUCAGAAAAUGAAUUGAGAAAGAUGGUGACUCCAGAGCAUGUGUGUGCCUAUGAAAGUAUGCAAGCUGGUCUUUACCGGCUCAAACAUUUAGGAAUUACACGGUUGACACUUCCUACAAGUAUCUCAUCUGCAAUGACCCAAAUUCCUGAUGAAGCUAUUGCUCUUGCUGCUGCAUCUCAUAUCGAGAGGGAACUGCAGAUAACCCCGUGGAACCUGAGCAGUAAUUUUGUAUCAUGUAUGAACCAGGACAGAGGAAAUAUUGAACGCUUGGAAAUAACGGGUGUUGGUGAUCCAUCUGGUCGGGGUCUGGGAUUUAGCUAUGUCCGAGCUGCUCCAAAGGCGCCAAUUCCUGGUGCACUCUCAAAGAAAAAAACAGCUCCUGGUCGUGGGGGCACCACGGUUACUGGAACAGAUGCUGAUCUUCGUAGGCUGAGCAUGGAGGCUGCUAGGGAGGUUCUUCUCAAGUUCAAUGUUCCUGAGGAACUAAUUGCGAAACAAACUAGGUGGCAUCGAAUAGCUAUGAUCCGCAAACUGUCAAGUGAGCAAGCGGCAUCUGGUGUAAAGGUUGAUCCAACAACUAUAAGCAAGUAUGCCCGUGGACAGAGAAUGUCAUUUCUGCAACUGCAGCAGCAGACCAGAGAAAAAUGUGAGGAGAUAUGGGAUCGGCAAGUUCAGUCCCUUUCAGCCGUUAAUCGUGAUGAAAAUGAAAGUGACUCUGAGGCAAACAGUGACCUGGAUUCCUUUGCUGGGGAUCUAGAGAAUUUGCUUGAUGCAGAGGAAUGUGAGGAAGGAGAAGAGGGUAACUACUCAUCCAAGCAUGACAAAUUAGAUGGUGUUAAGGGGCUUAAGAUGCGGAGGCGUCCAUCCCAAGUUCAGGUGGAAGAGGAAAUCGAAGAUGAAGCAGCUGAGGCAGCUGAAUUGUGCAGGUUGCUCAUUGAUGAUGAUGACGAGCAGAGAAAAAAGAAGAAGAAAAAGGCUAAAACCCUGGCUGGAAAAGUGGGUUUUGCUUCUAGUUUGCGAACUAGUACAGGUCAAGAUAUGACAGACCGUAUGAAGAGAACAAAUGCAAUAGCCAAAAAAAUCAUUAAUACUGCUCCACCAGAUGGAUUCUGCACCCAAGAUAAGAAUACUGUUAUGGACCCCAUGGAUGUGGAAAGCUCAAUGCUUAAAUGUAGCAUGUCCGGAAAAGAGAAAGCAAUAAAGAAGAAUGGCAUCUUAGCUAUUGGACAACUCAAGAAAGUCAAAAUACUUGGAGACAAGGUCAAGAUGUUUAAGGUAAAGAAAUCAGCAAGGGAGAGUUUUGUCUGUGGAGCCUGUGGUCAGCUUGGACAUAUGAGGACAAACAAGAACUGCCCGAAGUAUGGAGAAGAUACAGAAGCACAAGUGGACUCAACAGAUUUGGAGAAGCCUUCUGCAAAGCCCAGUCCACUGGAUCCAUCAGCUCAAUUGCAGUCAAAAGUAAUGAAGAAGAAGCUUGUAUCUAAAAGUGCUACAAAAAUUGCUGUUGUUGAAGUUUCUGGGGCUGAAAAUUCUAAUUCAAAGGCAAAGGUGCUUCCACUGAAGUUCAGAUGUGGGCCUGCUGACAAGCAAUUUGAUAAAGUUGCUCUCGGAGCGUCGCAAAGUUCUGACCAAACUGUCACACCUGAUGUUGAAACUGGGAGUAAGUCUGUCGCCAAGGUCAGCAAAAUCAUAAUUUCAAGCAGAGCAAAACCUGAAGAAGUGCAGGUCCAGUCUGAUAGGUCAUGGCCUCCGGUGGAUACUGAUAGAAGUCAAGUCGACUCUCAUAAACUGCCUCUCUUGAUUAGGCCUCUUGUAAACAGAGAGAGAGAGCAGGUUGAAUCUCAUAAACACUCUCUUGUGAUACGUCCACCAAUGAAAAAGGAUAAGGACCAGCCUAAGAAGAAAAUUAUUAUCAAAAGACCUAAAGAGGUUAACGAUCACGAUCAUGAUCAGAAUAGUCAAGAUGGAAGCCCUCAGCUUGAACACAGGAAAACUAAAAGAAUAGUUGAGCUAUCAGGUUUCCAGAGGCAGGGGAAGCUGGAGAACUUGAAAUUUACGGAAGAAUCAUCAAAGCGGAAAGCUAGAGAGGAGAGAAGAUGGUGGGAGGAGGAAGAGAAGAGGAGACAUGCAGAGAGAGAGGAGAGGGAAAGGAUGUUAUAUGAGGAGGAAAUCAGGGUUUUAGAAGCGGGAAAGGUUUCAGAAAUCAAAAGAUAUGAAGAUGCUAUUAGGAAAGAGAGGGAGGAAGAGGAGCGGCAGAAAGUUAAGAAGAAGAAGAAGAAAAAGAAAAAAAAGCCUGAAAUUGGAGACGACUACUUAAAUGACUACCGGGCAAGAAGAAAUGACAGAAGAAUGCCAGAAAGAGACUGGAGUGUUAAAAGACGGCCUGUUGUUGAGGUGGGUCGGUAUGGUGCAGAGUAUGCCCCUCCAACAAAGCGGCGAAGAGGUGGAGAGGUUGGUUUGGCAAAUAUCUUGGAACGCAUUGUAGAGACCCUAAGAGACAAUACAGAUGUCUCGCUUCUGUUUCUAAAACCUGUUACCAAGAAAGAGGCUCCAGACUACUUGGAUGUGAUAGAGCGCCCAAUGGAUCUGUCGACAAUCAGAGACAAGGUGAGGAGGAUGGAAUACAAGAACCGGGAUGAGUUCAGACAUGACGUAUGGCAGAUUGCAUACAAUGCCCAUACGUACAAUGAUAGGCGUAAUCCUGGAAUCCCUCCACUUGCAGAUCAGCUUUUGGAGCUUUGUGACUAUCUGUUGGAUGAGAAUCAUGAUAGUUUGUAUGAAGCUGAAGCUGGUAUAGAAUCCAGGGGUUGAAAAUGUUGCCAAAUUGUUACUAUUGUUGUUAUAUGGCUACAGCAGUAAGCGGCCUGUUUCUUUCUUGUAUAGGACAUGUGGAAUCUGCAUGAUUUGUUCUAAAAAUCAAUUGGGGAUGUGUGAAGGAAUUAAAAAAAAAAAAGAAAAUUGGAAAAGAAAGAGAGAGAAGAUUGUGGUUACAUCCCUUUCGUUGUAUAUUUGUACUAAUCAGAUUGUAAAUAUUAAUUCCAUUAAAAAAUAAAUUAGCGUA